GAUCGCCGGUGCGCUGUGUCCCUCGGACACAGCGGAUCACGGAAAGAGCCGAAGAUGUCGGCUCGGUCAUGUGAUCAGCUGUGUCCAAUCACAGCUGAUCACAUGGGACAUGUGCACUGAUCAUCAGGGCACUAUUGAUCAGUGUAGCCCUGAUGAUCAGUGUAGCCCCAGCAGUGCCACCUGUCAGUGUCCAUCAGUGCCACAUCAAUGCCACAUAUCAGUGCAUACCAGUGCACAUCAAUGCCACAUAUCAGUGCCCAUCUGAGCUGCCUUUCAAUGCCACCCAUCAGUGCCAGUCAGUGCCACCUAUCAGUGCCAAUCAGUGCCACCUAUCAGUGCCCAUCAGUGCCACCUAUCAGUGCCAGUCAGUGUCACCUAUCAGUGCGCAUCAG